AUGGAUCCCGGCACAGGGUCUCCCCUGUUCAUCGCCCAGAAGACACUGUGCUACUACCCAAUCAGCACAAUAUACAACUCGUGUCCUCGAUACCUUUUCUAUGCACUCAUUCUUGCAAGCUGCGUGACUCGGUGGACCGGAUGGCUUGCGGACGUGUUCCUGGGCGCUGCAGCGACAUACGCAGGGACAGCAGCCAUUCAAGCCUUCAUCCUCCUUUCCGCCCAGCAAAAGCCACAGUCACCUAGUCCAAUUACUAUUCCAUUCAUAUCAGCAAAUACAAGCCUUACCAGUGACUUUCCUGAACUGGUCACCGAGACAGACUAUAUUGUGCUUGCACCUGCAUCUUUGGAGUUAGAUGCCGAUGCAGUUCUUGCUAUUGUCGUUACUGGGUACCUCGUGUUCCUACCCCUUCAAGCUUGGUCGCGUGUCUUGACGCACGAUCGAGCCCGCAACUUGCUGUUCUACCUUUGGAAUAUUCUCAUGCUGGCGGGCUCGAUCUGCGCUCUGAUCUAUGCAGCAAGGGUACCAAACACGCCCACACAGUACAUGUUCUGCUAUCCCGACAUUCCUCCAUAUGAUGAUACAUCAAGCGAUGGUUGGCAGUCCUCCUGGAGGACUUCGACCUGGAAUAGUAGUGUAUGGGAGACAUUCUCAAACAUCUCAGUCUGGGGCCAGAUAGGAGAUAUUUGCUACAACCCUUGCUUCAACACUACCCAGAUUCUUCGACAGCAGACCUCGUUGCACUCAGCUACUGUCACAGAGGACUCUGCAGCGCCGUCAUCGCAUGGCUUUUGGAACAAAAUCCUUUACUCGAAGCGAUAUAUCUACAGUCUCAUCAUCUUGUGUCUCGUUCUCAAUUGCCUAUUGCUGGUUUUCAAGUUUCUCCCUUACAAAUCACGAAUUCCCUCUUCUCAGAUUGUUGUUAUCUGGAAAAGUCGACGGAAAAUCUGGAACGGCUUCAAAGAAGAUGUUCGCCAUGGAAUACAACGUCCGCUGGACGAGAAACCUGGAAAUGAGGAGGGCCGGACAGUGGCCUAUCCCGCCAAAAAACAAUCACUUUGGCACCGACUGCGGCCUUUUCUUACCUGGCAGUUUGUUAACGCAUUUCUGCAUGUUUCAGUCGAUGCCGGAAUUCUCUUCGGCAUGCUUUUCAGUAUGAUUAUCAGCCCUUUUACUAUUGUCGCGUUCGUCGCAUGGGCUGAGUGGACUCUCUAUAAUGAUGGUCCUUCACAAGAGAGUCCACAACAGGUCGGACAGUGGGCAUAUCUGGUCUCGAUUGCACUUCUUGUGAUCUCUGCAGGAAUUUUAACGCUCAAAUAUCGCAUCGCCUCAUCCACGGAGUUGGAUAAUGAGAUUGAAGCUACACGAAUGCACUUGACUAAUCUGGAGGAGAAGAGAGAGGCCCGGUCGGAAUCCGAUGAGCUUUGA